GAGGAGAAGGAGGAGGAGGAGGAGGAGGAGGAGGCGGCUUGAGGACACUCGGGCCUCCUGCCGCCGCCGCAGCCGGGUAGGGGCGAGCAGCCCGCACGGAGAGCCCUUGCACGGCCCCCGCACCCGCCGGCGGCUUGCACCCGGGAGGCGAGAGCUAGCGAUCCGCCGGGCCCCGCCGUCGCCGUGCCGCCCUCCCCCGCGCUGUCAGCCCCGCCGGGCGCAGCCGCCGCAGCAUCUCCAGCCUCUGGAGCCCCUGCCAGCCCCGAGGAAGUCCCCGCCGAGGACCGGGGCCCCCGGAGCAAAGCGGGAAAGACCAGAGACUCCCCGAAACACCCAGAUGCGGAGGAUCGAAGCAGUCUAGCCAGAGCUUUCUGUGGAUUAAAAAAAAACAAACAUUUUUUUUUCCUUUUUGGCAGAAGACAAGGAGAGGAAGACGGGGGGGGGGCUCUGCAAGGAAAACAUUAGGGGGGGGGGAUGUAACUCGUGGAUACUUUUUUUUCCUACCCCAAAGUCUUGUUUGAUUUUGUAAACAUUUUCUUUUUUUAAACCCCACCUCCAGCCGGGCUCCCACCAGACCUCCGUGGAGCGAGGAGGUGGCGAUUUUUUUUUCCCCUGGGGGGGUGUUGCAUAUUGGUUUUUAGGUUGUGAGCAAGUCUCCUGAUUUUGGCCAGACAUCUCAUGCGGAGUGAAGCCCACUCAGCCCCCUUCCCAGCGUCUUCGUUUGCACGGAAUUCGAGGAGAUCCGGUUACUAAGGAUAUAUAGAGAAAAAAUAAAUAAAUCGCGUGCCUGCUUUUUUUUUUUUUUAAUUGCCUGCUUCUCCCCACCCCCAAAUCAAGUUGCUUAGCAAGAGAAGACAGAGGCUUUCUCCUCUCUCCAACAGCCCCGGCUGAGCACCUUUUUCUUUUUCUUUUUUUUUUUUUUUCAAUUUGCCCCCGCGGAUCUUUCAUGUAGGAAGCCGAGGCUGGCGAGCCUGACACUCGGGACACGCCGCGGGGGGGGCUCUUUUUGGGGAGGCGCCGAGCAGGGCAGGCUCCGCCGCCCCCAGGGAAGCGGCGGCCGCGGUCCUCCGGGGUGCGCCGCGGCGGGAACGGAGCGGGGUGGGGCAGCCGGAGCGCAGCCCCCCGAGCCCCGUCGGGCGCCCCCGGGCCCCCGCGCGCGCCCGGCCGUCCGGGAGACUGGCGCAUGCCACGGAGCGCCCCUCGGGCCGCCGCCGCUUCUGCCCGGGCCCCUGCUGCUGCUGUUGCCGCCUGCGCCUGCUGCCCCAACUCGGCGCCCGACUUCUUCAUGGUGUGCGGAGGUCAUGUUCGCUCCUUAGCCGCCAAACGACUUUCCUCCUCGCCUCCUCGCCCCGCAUGUUCAGGACCAAACGAUCUGCGCUCGUCCGGCGUCUUUGGAGGAGCCGUGCGCCCGGCGGCGAGGACGAGGAGGAGGGCGCGGGCGGAGGCGGCGGCGAGCUGCGGGGAGACGGGGCGACGGACGGCCGGGCGCAUGGGGCCGGAGGCGGCGGCGCGGGCAGGGCUGGCUGCUGCCUGGGCAAGGCGGCCCGAGGUGCCAAAGGUCACCAACAGCACCCUCACCCCCCAGCCUCGGGCGCCGUCGCGGCCGGGGGCGCCGAGGCUGAUCUGAAGGCGCUCACGCACUCGGUGCUCAAGAAACUCAAGGAGCGGCAGCUGGAGCUGCUGCUCCAGGCCGUGGAAUCCCGCGGCGGGACGCGCACCGCCUGCCUCUUGCUGCCCGGCCGCCUGGACUGCAGGCUGGGCCUAGGGCCGCCCGCUGGCGCGCAGCCGCCCUCGUCCGCGUCCUACUCGCUCCCCCUCCUGCUUUGCAAAGUGUUCAGGUGGCCGGAUCUCAGGCAUUCCUCGGAAGUCAAGAGGCUGUGUUGCUGUGAAUCUUACGGGAAGAUCAACCCCGAGCUGGUGUGCUGCAACCCCCAUCACCUUAGCCGACUCUGCGAACUAGAGUCUCCCCCGCCUCCUUACUCCAGAUACCCGAUGGAUUUUCUCAAACCAACUGCAGACUGUCCGGACGCUGUGCCUUCCUCCGCCGAAACUGGGGGAACGAAUUAUCUGGCCCCUGGGGGGCUUUCAGAUUCCCAACUUCUUCUGGAGCCCGGGGAUCGGUCACACUGGUGCGUGGUGGCAUACUGGGAGGAGAAGACGAGAGUGGGGAGGCUCUACUGUGUCCAAGAACCCUCCCUGGACAUCUUCUAUGAUCUACCUCAGGGGAAUGGCUUCUGCCUCGGCCAGCUCCACUCGGACAACAAGAGCCAGCUGGUGCAGAAGGUGCGCAGCAAGAUCGGCUGCGGCAUCCAGCUGACGCGAGAGGUGGACGGCGUGUGGGUGUACAACCGCAGCAGCUACCCCAUCUUCAUCAAGUCGGCCACACUGGACAACCCCGACUCCAGGACGCUGCUGGUGCACAAAGUGUUCCCCGGUUUCUCCAUCAAGGCCUUUGACUAUGAGAAGGCCUACAGCCUGCAGCGGCCCAAUGACCACGAGUUCAUGCAGCAGCCGUGGACUGGCUUCACCGUGCAGAUCAGCUUCGUCAAGGGCUGGGGCCAGUGCUACACCCGCCAGUUCAUCAGCAGCUGCCCAUGCUGGCUGGAGGUCAUCUUCAACAGCCGGUAGCCCAGGGGAUGAGCGCGCGCCCGCCCAAGGGCCCAGGCCAAAACUACUUUGCUGCUAAUCUCUCCCUCUUCCUCCUCUUUCUCCUAAGUGCUCGCUCAGACUCCUCAGUUGGUGUUAUCCCCCCCCCCCACCUCCCAGUGUCGUCCUUGUUUAUGUUCUGUUUUGUUCGUGGAGAAAUAGCUUAUGAGAAGAAUUGUUGGGGUUUUAUUAUUGUUGUUAUUAUUAUUAUUAUUACUCUUUUCAAAGGGGAAGGGGAGGCAGGCAGGACACCCUACCCCCCUAAGGAAAAAGGGGCUGCUGGCACCUGAGGUCUGAAAUGGGAGAUGGGUCCUGGAGAGCGAAUCUUGUGCGCCCCCCUCCCCCCAUGACAGGUUGGGGGUACAGUGUGCUGUGUGGGCACCCCCAGCUAUGUCUGCCCCUUGGAUGUGUCCAGAGAGGCAGAGGAGUCUCUGCUCACAGCCCAGGGAAAGCCCCUCUCUCAACUCCCCUACUAGGAUAGACCUGCCCGCCCUACCAUAGACCCCACAUGUCCUCCAGCUGUGUCUGUGUCCAUCUCCCCCGCUCCCCCCCACCCCCCAUUGUCCUGUCUGUUUUGGACCCCUGCUCCUGGAUCUCCCAUGAGAUGGGCCUCCCCCAGGGCUGCCCGGGCAGCCUGUCACAGUAUUGCUCCCAGUGCCCACUCAGCCCUCAGCCUCUCCCUCUGCCCUGGUCACAUCAGG